GUCUGUCGGCUUGUUCGUGGCGAGAUUGCAAGCUCAGCGGCUUUGCUUCUGCUUCUUCCUUCGCAGACAAGAAUCACCGGUUCAAAGCAUCGGACAUUUGCUGCUGACAUCUCAACGCUGAGCCACCAAUUGAGCUCUGCAUACUCCAUCUUCCGGUAGAACAUCACGGUAGCUCAGCUCCCGCUGAAAGUCGAAGAUGAUGUCUCCGAAGCCCAUCUCUGAGGAUCGGGGAUCUCCUCAUUUCAGGCAGGCGCCUUUGCAGAUAAUACAUAUCUUGGGCAACUUCUUGAGAAUAUGGUCGGUCUAUUCAAUGUAUAAUUAUUUGACUCACACAGGAGCAUCCGUAGUGCUUUUCAUCUUCAGUUGCCUUGUGCCUGCAUCUGUCGUACUUUUACUGAUGCAAAAGCCUUGGAAGGGUAGACCACUCUCUAAUACGCAGGUUGUACCUUCUAUAAUUAACGGUGGUGUAACCGCUUUGUACUUCAUUUUGUGGGGAAAGGGUUUGAAAGUUUGUGGACCACUCAGAACUUUGUUGGCGGAGUAUUCUGGUGCAGUUCUUGGAGUUUUGUCUGCAGUAUUAUAUGGGCAAAGGCGGCAUGUUUGGAAAAAGGUCGGUGGGCUGAUUGCAAUGCUGGCUGCUUUCUACCUAUUAUCCGAAGGGUGGGCUAUGGCCAGAUAUUCUCCUUUUAAAUUUGGAGAUGACCUUCAGUCUGAGGUUGAGACAGAAGAAAAAGUGUUGGGUAUGAAAGAAAUGGUACUUCCCAUCUUGGCUGGAAUCCUGUCCGCACUCAGAAGGGUGAUUGGACGGCGUGUCUCACUCAAGAAUCAACUUAAAAGAAGACUCCAUGCCCUAACCAUUGCUUCUGCAACAUGUUUUCUGUUUCCGGUGGCUAUGUGGGACACAAUCAUAGGAUCAACUUCUGCAAGCAGCAACAAUUUAACCUUUUCCCUGUGGGCCUUUCUGAGCACUAUAUUCUUCGGAAUAAUCUUGAUAUUCUAUGUUGAAAGUAUUGCAGAGGAGAGAUUGCAUAUGGUUUUCUCUUCUCCAAGACAUCUGGCGGUUGCUGGAGCAUGCAUUGUCAUCAUGGAGAUCUCUUACAAGAUGGACUUUUCUCUUCCUGGCUUCCUACUCUGCUGCUUAAUUCUGGGCUUCGGAAUAUAUGAAGCGACAUCUCUGGAUCGUAGUAGGAGGGAAUCUUUCCAGAAAUCAGACCUUUCUGAUAGUGUAGGGGACCAAGUACAGAUGUCCCCUCUUCCUACUUGAAGUUCUGCUGUUUCUGGAAGGCAGUGAGUUUCGCGGACUCUCUUUUCCCAUCUCAGAAGCUACAAAGAGGAGCAUCCUUUGCCAAAGUUUUCAACCAUAGUCGAAUCCGUGAUAUGACCUUCCCCUGUCACCUGUGGGCAAAGAAAAUAUCUCCAAGAGCUUCAUACGGUUCGUCUUGCAAACUCGGGCUCUAAAUUACCAGAAUUCUGUGACAUCUCAUCUCUGGCACGUAUAGAUUUUUAGGUGAAGCCAAUGUAGGAACCCGUCUUUCUGUUGCCGUGCGCCUGCAUGUUUUAGCUAUACAGAUCACCAUUGUUUUAGGGGUUCGUGCACUUACGGCUUUUUUGAAGGAUGAAAGAAGGCUUCUGUAUAACUCUAAAGAAUCUGUGGAUAGUUCAAUCUGAUUGGGUCACUUUAUAGGUCUUUCUUGCCAUGUUCAUACACUAUGCAUUUAUGCCGAACAUGAGAAUCUCUCGAGUUAAAUCCCAAGUAUGGUUCGUCUUUUCCUCUUUU